CCUCUUGUCUUUAAAUGACGUGCUCAGUGUUCAGUUUCGUCCGCUGUGUGUUCGCAGGAGCGAUGUUAGAAAACCUCCGCUCUCUCUGCAGGACAUGUUGCUGCUGUUGGUGACCGCCUCCUGCGCUGUAAUUGGUUCAUCUGCCGGCGUUAGGAAUGAGGAGAUCUGUUAUGGCAGCUAUAUGAGUUUUCCGACUAGAUAUGUACCAGUUUUAUUCCGUGGACAGCUGUACUUCACGCCGAAUGAUGGGGGACCCAGGAAGCUACUGAUGGAUAAUGGGGAGUCAAAGGAUCCACGCCUCAUAUUUCCCCGCGGCAGGGGACUCUUAUUACAAGAUCUGAGAGACAGCGAUAGUGGGACAUACUCUGGAUUUGAUGAAAGGACAAAAAAUGAAGACAACAUCAUGGCACUGAGAGUUUUGGAUUGUUCUGAAAAGAAAACAAAAACAUUUGGAGAGACGUACACACUUGAUGUUUCUCGACGGGCUGAAUACCUGGAGUUCACGCCCCUUCACACCAGUCAGACAACGGUCCUGUGGAGUCGCUCCAACUCUGAGGCGAGUGAGGGAGGCAGAGGGGGGAUGACGUCUCGUGGCUGGGAGAUCGUCUGCCUCUCUCCAGCAGACAGAGGCCACUACAACUUCAGGAAAAAGGACAACUCUUUGCUGUCUAGGAUAAGGCUCUCAGUACAAGAGAGCUUCAAAGACUAUCAUGCAUAUGUGAACGGACGGCUCCUCAUCGAAGAUUCAUGUUUUGAGGGUGUCUUAUGGACUGUGACCUUCUCUAUGAUGGGAGCACAGGAAAGCGAAAUGUUGAUAAAAGCAGGCAGGGUGUUGAACAACGAGUGGAUCUCACCGUCUUUUAAGAUGAGAAUUUGGGUCCUAAAUAAUGGCAUCGAUCUUAAUCCUGUGAGGGACACAGACGCUGGAACCUAUACAUUCAGUGACCCGCAGGGCAACCUAGCCCAUGUUGCUACGUUGGUGGUCUACCCUGAAUCGGGAUAUGUCUAUGCUGCUAUCGCGGGUGGGAUUGUCUUAGCGGUGAUUAUCUGCUGUUGCUGUGUGAGGAAGUGCUGUUGUAAAAAAGCUUCUAAAAGGGACGAGUCAGCGCCUGUUGCUGUGUAUUACCAUGAUCCGGAUCAACCUGCAUACACAAGUUCUACUGCACCCCCUGCUCCAGAUUACUCUCAUCAGCCAGUGAACUCUCCUGCUUAUAGCCAACCAGCAGCUACCUCCGUUGGGCCAUCGGAUCAACCUGCAGGCCCAGGUUACCCAGCUGCCCCUCCUCCAGCAUACUCUUAUCAGCCAGUGAACCCCAGUCAGCCUGAGGUUUCAGCUCCGGGAGGGCCGGGAGCCACUCCAGCUCCUUCACUCGGCUCUGAUUAUCUCACCUCGGACCCUGACACAACGUUUGAGCUGAAAGGACUGACCUUACCCUCUGCCCCCCCCCUCGGUUCAGACUCAGAAAUGUGCUAUGGCAUUCAAGAUUUCCAGCCCUGUAUACUCCACCUUUAUAUUCCGUGGACAGGUGUACUUCACUCCGAGUGAUGGGGGACUGACGAAGCUACUGUUGGAGGACGGGGAGGUCAGAGCAGACCAGGUUUUAAAUGAAUAAAGAGUCUACUUUAUUCUGAUUAAAUGCUUCAUCCACCGAUUCAGACCCCAUUCCCACAUAUAUUUAUGUUGCUAUCGCUGGUGGGAUUGUCUUAGCGGUGACUGUCUGCUGUUGCUGUGUGAGGAAGUGCUGCUGUAAAAAGGGCUCUUCUAAAAGUGACGAGGCCUUUGUGUAUUACCAUUCGCGGGAUCCGAAUCAACCUGCAGGCCCAAACUCCUCUGCUGCACCUCCUCUGGAUUGCUCUUAUCAUUCAGUGAAGCCCCCUGCUUAUGAAGAAGCUGCUACCUCUGUUGAGCCAUCUGGAGCUGCACAAGCCGGUGAAUAUCCAUGUGAACCCCCUCCAGCCUGAGAUACACACACGAACAUAGAAUAACCCUAACCCGUUAAUAUAGGGGAAUCAGAGUCUCCUGGUAUAAAUCAAAUCAUCUUAACAAACAACAAGUUUCUGCUCCGGCUCCUUCUCUCGGCUCUGAUUGUUUCUCCUCGGCCCCUCCGCCAGAGUUUGAGCUGAAAGGACGGACCUUCCCUUCGGCUCCCCCUCUCGGAUCAGAAUCAACUACCAGUGACGUUUAUACCUCUGAUUAACUCAACACUCCGUGAUGGGCACACUGGAAAAGUCAAGUGAUGGUUUGUGACUAGCAGGAGCCAUGAAUCAAUGAUUGGAUCAUUUAGAUUGUAAGAAAC